CGCGGGCGUCCCCCAGGCUCCGCCAGUGGAAGGCGCGGGCAGCAGCGUCUCCGAGUGGCCGCGGCGGUGGGCUGUGCCCGAGUCUCCUCCCUUUGGCUGGCCGCAGGACUGCAGCCCCGGUGUCACCGCCGCCGCCAUGGCCCCGCAGCAGCUCUUCCGCGCGCUGGUGUCGGCUCAGUGGGUUGCCGAGGCGCUGCGGGUGCCACGCGCAGGGCAGCCCCUACAGCUGCUCGAUGCCUCCUGGUACCUGCCCAAAUCGGGCCGCGACGCGCGCCGCGAGUUCGAUGAGCGCCACAUCCCGGGCGCCGCCUUCUUCGACAUCGACCAGUGCAGCGACCGCACGUCGCCCUACGACCACAUGAUGCCCAGCGCGGCGCAGUUCGCCGAGUACGUGGGCCACCUGGGUGUGGGCGCCGCCACGCAUGUCGUGGUCUACGACGCCAGCGACCAGGGACUCUUCUCGGCGCCACGCGUCUGGUGGAUGUUCCGCGCCUUCGGCCACCGCGCGGUGUCGCUGCUCGACGGCGGCCUCCGCAACUGGCUGCGCCAGGGCCUCCCGCUGAGCUCGGAGAAGAGCCGCCCGGUGCCUGCAGAGUUCCGCGCGGCGCUGGACCCCGCCUUCAUCAAACUGUAUGAGGACAUCAAGGAGAACAUCGAAUCCCGGCGCUUCCAGGUGGUGGACGCCCGGGCCGCCGGCCGGUUCCGGGGCGUUGAUCCCGAGCCUAGAGAUGGCAUCGAACCUGGCCACAUCCCCGGCACUGUGAACAUCCCCUUCACGGACUUCCUGACCGAGGAGGGCUUGGAGAAGAGCCCCGAGGAGAUCCGCCGCCUGUUCCAGGACAAGAAGGUGGACUUGUCCCAGCCGUUGGUGGCCACAUGUGGCUCCGGCGUCACAUCCUGCCAUGUGGCACUGGGGGCCUACCUCUGCGGCAAGCCUGACGUGGCCGUCUAUGACGGCUCCUGGGUGGAGUGGUACAUGCGUGCCGAGCCCGAGGAUGUCAUUUCCGAGGGCCGGGGGAAGACCCGCUGAGGCUGAGCAGGACGUGACUCAGGAAGCUCAGGCAACGCCUGGCCACCAGCUGUGCCUAGGUUUUUCUUCUGAUGCUGCUUUGACCAGGAGAGCGUUUCUUCCUCCCACUCAGGUGGCACAUAGGACAACAUCCCAGAGGCCAGGAGUCCUUGACUCAUGGGCUCCUAGUGGAGGCAGGAGAGAAGGUGGCGGUGGGCACAGAGGAAGGGGAGCUGCCCACAUGGUGCUGAGCUGGGCCCCACCUCCCUUCUGUGUUAUUAUUGAGAAAAUAAAAUAGCCAAGUGCUAAAUGCUUCUAA